AUGGAGACGUUGGUCUCACCCCCCGCAACCGCAGUGCCGUCGGAGGCCCCGAGUCCGGAGCGUAACGCCGCUGCAAUCCUCGUCGGGAUUACCCCACCCACCGAGCCGAUUCUUGUCCGCGAACAAACUCCCACUCUCGAGUCCCGCCCCGUGCGCCAUGUGUCGUUUCCUUCCACCCCGGAGAGGUCCACCGUUGGGGCGAUUCCCCAGGCCGGGGCCCUUGUUGCAGCCUCUGCCGGUCCCACCACCCCGACAUCGGCCGCACGAAGACGAAGAUGCCGACGUGAAGCGCAAGACGGUUCUGUUCACAGCACGGCAAUGGACGAGCACAGCCCCGCCAUGGACGAGCGCAAAGACGAAGGUGCCGAUGGGCGCCAAAAGGACGCGCAAGACGGUCCUGUUCACAGCACCGCAAUGGAGCACGAAGACGAAGGUGCCGAUAGCCGCGACCAGGAAGCGCAUGACGGUUCUGUUCACAGCACGGCAAUGGACGUGCUCAGCCCCGCCAUGGACGAGCACAAAGACGAAGAUCAGGAACUGCGAGAGCACAUAGUAGAAGAGUUCAACUAUGUCUAUGUUGCUAACCAGUUGAUUGGUCAGAAAGAUUCCUUGAAAGAGGAGGUGAAGGAGCGGAAACGUAAAAUCAAGGACCUCGGUGCUCAGCUGGCUGACUGCAAGGGAAGCCGUGGUUCGUGGACGGCUGUAGAGCAGAUUCUGGGCUCUGUUGGGUCGUCGGAGGCUCUCGUCCCGAGAGUGGCGGCUGUAGAGCAGAAGCUGGACUCCGGUGGGUCGUCGGGCGUCGGUACUGGAAGGUCCCCCAGCUCCAGAUAUGGCCGCCUGCCGCAUUACGUAGUCGAGGUCAAAGAUGAUGGAAACUGGCAAUCCGCUCCGACUACUUGGACAGCUUUCCAACCUGCCUUUUGGACAACCGCGAACAACUCUCUUAUUCCGCAAGAACUAGGCACCGGCUUUGUGGAGGAGCUGAGAGUUGAGGACCAGGACCUCAGGUACCUGAAGGAGCAGAAGGUGGAGCAGCAGUUGAGAAAGCAGAAGAAGGCGUUCAACUAUCGGGUCGACAUCAAUGGGAAGAUCGUGAACGUCUCGACCCUACUCAAGAAGCUAUUCGGGUCACAGACCUUAUCCGAAUCUUCAAAGCCGACCUCAGGAAGGACACGACUAUCGGUGCACCACCAGGAGUGGCCGAAGAACGAAGCGAGGGCUUUGAAGACCCUGGUAAACGCGGCCAAGACUUAUCAGAAGGGCUGUCGCACCAAGGCCAUGGCUCGCAAGAUCGCCUACAACAUCUGUCUCUACCAGAAAUUAGUUCCUGGAAAUGCUUACUUGCCCUUCACUGGUCUUCCCCCCGCUGAGACUGGUAACCUGCCAGUCCCCGCCAAUCUUCCUGCCGAACCACCCAUUGAGACGUACCUCCAAAGGCAAAGGCGACGCAAGGAGAAGAAAAAGGAGAAGGAGAAGGGAAAGAAGAAAGAGAAGAAGAAAGAGAGGAGCGAGCGCAAGCGCAAGCGCAGAGAUAAGCAAAAGGGCAAGGACAAGGGCAAGCAGCGAGCCGAGGAUGACUCUGUCGAAGAAAGACUCCGCCCCGAACAAGACAGGGAAGUCUUGGACGAUUACUUCAAGCAAUGCGACUUCGUCUGCCCAAGUUGCCUAGAAGACCUACCGGAGAACGCGCAGGCCGCAUCACCGCGACCAAACGAACGUUUUACUGGAAGUAGCCGAUGA